AGGUGGCGCUGUGGUCAAUUAGUUUUUCAUUUUUAAGGAGGAGGAAGAGGUCAUUCUCGUGGCUUCUUUACGAUCUGGAAAGAGACGAAGAACGUCUGCAGCUUGAGCUGGAGAGAAGAAAUAAAAAGCAAUCAUGCCGAUGUUUGUGGUGAACACCAACGUGGCUAAAAGCAACGUGCCUGCGGCUCUGCUGUCCGAGGCUACGGAGGAGUUAGCUAAAGCGAUGGGUAAACCUGCUCAGUACAUUGCUGUGAAUAUUAACCCUGACCAAAUGAUGAUGUUUGGUGGAAAGGGAGACCCCUGCGCUCUGUGCUCCCUCCACAGCAUCGGCAAGAUCAGUGGCGCCCAGAACAAGCAGUACUCAAAACUUCUGUGUGGGUUGCUCAACAAACACCUGGGAGUCUCCGCUGACAGAAUUUAUAUCAAUUUUGUGGACAUGGAUGCAGCCAAUGUGGCCUGGAACAACACUACUUUUGGCUAGGAUGGAGGUCAAGACUGAAAUAAAAGAUCAUUCCAGUGUUUUCCUACUUGUAUUAGGGUAAAUAAAGCAAAGAGCUGAGACACUUUGUUAUCCAGGUAAUACUGUAGGGGUACCUUAAAUGCACUUGAUUGGACCCCCUUGCUAUGUACUGACCCUUUUGCAAUUAAACGAAUAAAGAAAAUCACGUGAAACAAUUAA